AUGAUUCCAAAAACACCUUCAGAAAUUACAGUUGAAUAUUUGAAGGAAAAACUUUCGAAUCAGCAACAUAUGAAUGGAAGGUUGGUUUGGCUUGAUAAAUUGGCUUCCGUUUCAUAUAAUAAUUCCAAUAUUCAGGGACAAUGCAGUCAAGUUGUUUUAUUUGAAUUAAAAGAUUCGGAGGGAAAUAUUCUGGAUGAAGUUUUUAUUAAAUUUGCAAAGGAUGAGAAUGAUAAGAGUAUUGCUCAUCAUGUGGAUAGAGACUUUCUAGCAGAAACAUCAGCCUACAAGAAGGAAAUAGCCUUCUAUCAAUAUUUAUUAAAUACUAAUAGUAUAAAUAAUUUAUUGAAUAGAAAUGUUGUUCCACCGGUUUAUGUAGCAGAAAUUGAUAGAAACAACAAGGAUCAAUUCAUAUUAAUUUUGAGAAAAUCAGGGAAGGCUUUAGAUCAAAUUGUUGGAUGUUCUACAGAGUUGAUUCGAUUAAUCUUGAAGGAGUGGGCAUUGAUACAAUCAGAAUUUUGGUAUACUGCAGAGGAUGAGGAGAAAUUCAAGGCUCAGUUGGUUGUGAAUGGAUAUGAUGUUAUGACUCCACUUCAUCACACUGUUACUUCAAUGAUUAAUAAGAAGAAUAAUAUUCUACCAGUAGAGGAAGUGGUUGAGGAGGUAAAACAAGUGUGGAAAGACAAAUGGGAAGACUAUCAUUAUGUUUUAAAGUACUUCUCUUCACAAACUGGUAUGAAACAAUUGGCAGAGAAUGCACUAGUGAUUGAUGAGCAAGUUUCUUCUGGAAAGAUUUUCGAAAUUGUUGAAGAAGGAUGCCAAGUACUCACCGCCAACAACAGGACACUCAAUCAUUGUGACUUUAGAUUAGACAAUAUGUUGCAAGUUUCGGAAGAAUCUGUUGCGUUUGUUGACUUUCAAUGUAUUGGAUUUGGUUCUUGUGGUUAUGAUUUAGGGUUUUUCAUAUCUUCCUGUUUAUUAAGUGAACAGGUGAAUGAUAAUUUUCAUAAUUUAAUGGAGAGUUAUUGGAAUAGUUUAAUUUGCAAUAAGCCAAUAAUAGAAAAAACCUAUUCAUUAGAGCAAUUGAAGAGAGAGACAAGAAAAGCAGCUGUUAUUCAACUCUCGCUCUACAUGUCCAUGUUCAGUGCUUGGAGACCAAUGAUUGAUUCUGGUGUUGAUUUAAAGAGUGCUGUUGGCAGAUUUUUUGAGUUGGUAAUUUGUGCAACAGAAAGAAUGUUAAAUUUUCAUGUUAAAUUUACCAGCUCAGAUUGA